CAUCAGUUCUUGCAAACAACAGAAAGAUCGUCAAGGGGUGUAACUUAGUCAUUGAUGAAUAACCAAUGGUUGUACACAUCGUUGUUUAGACGAUAGUAGUGUACCAUGAGUGAUUUGAACACCUCCUCGGUGUUUGUUUGUGAUCAUUGUCAGCAAACCUUUGGUCUUAAACAUAAUUUACUACGUCACCAAAGACAUUGUGGUAGAGUAGACACUUUAUACUCUUGCCCAUUGUGUCAGAAGACUUUCAACCGAAAAGAUAAUUUGAAUAGGCAUGCCAAAUCCUGUCGUCAAAAAGUGACCUAUCACUAUCAAUGUUCACAUUGUUUUCAAAAUGAUCCUGAUUAUCAAAUCCAUCACUGCGUACCAAAGAGAUCUCCUGCUCAUACCUGUCCAACCUGUGAUCAAUCCUUCCCCACCUCAAAGGCUUUGCGUAUGCACAAAAGUCAAUCAGGUCAUGAUAUGAUAGGACAUGGUAAAGGCAGGGCUAAGAAAAAGUCUAAGCCAGCAACAGUGCCUGUAGCACCCCCUGAUUCACCUCCUGUUUCCAAUGCUCCUCCUGCUUCGUCCCGCCAUCCUAGCCAACCCAAAGAUCAUUCAAAGCCAUGUUCUAGUCAGGCUUUACAUGGUGAUGUGAGAGAGUAUGAUUUUGAAGGACAAACAUCUACUGACGCAUUAGAAUUUCUAGUCCGAGAACAGAGUAAUGUCAUUUCAACCCUUGAGUCAGAAAUAGGUGAGAAAAAGACAAUUAAAUGGGCUUUAUGUUUGCACAUUAAAAUGGAGAAACCAAGCGAAGAUACUCAUUCAAAUUAUCACGAGGCCUACUUUAGGAGCAGCAUGCAGAUAGCCAUGGAAGGUAGUGAUUUGAUUGAACAAUAUUUGGAAGCCAUCAACCUCAUGCUCCAAACACUAGAUGACUAUGAAGGAGUUCAUUCAGGUUUAAAUGUUUCUGACAUUGUCCUUUUGAAACUGACUGUGGUGAAGUUCGCUCCAUUGAACGGUGGUACUUACAUUCCACUUCCUCCAGCCCUGGCUAAACAUGCACGCUGUAUUUUAAAUAUUCAAAACAAAGACAAUGAUUUAUGUUUUGUUCUCUCCAUUCUUGCCAAAUUGUACCCACCCUCGUCAAACAAGGAAAGAGAAACACAUUACCUCCCCUAUUUGAAUAGGCUUAAUUUAGAAGGGUUUUCUUUUCCUAUGACAUUGAAACACAUUCCUCGUUUUGAACAGCUUAACCAGUUGAGCAUCAAUGUGUACGGUUUUGAAGAUGGUACCUUGUACCCUAUGUACAUCAGUAAUGAGUCGAACGUGGAGGAAAAUAGGUGUGUAGAUUUAUUGUUAUUGUCACAAGAAAGUCAACCAGAUGAUUUUGAGGGAGUCUUGGGGUUAGAGGAUCACGAGGAAGCCAUGGACAUAGACAAGGUACCCAACACACAUUAUUGUCUCAUUACCAACUUGAACAGAUUAGUGAGAAACAGAAAAGGUAACACAAACAUGUGUUUUGUUUGUAGAAAAUGCUUGUGGUCUUACUCAUCUCAGGAAAGGUUGGAAGCUCACAAACACUAUUGUUUUAAGAAAGCGCAAAGAGUCAUUUUACCUAAACCAGAGGAAGCAGUGUAUGAAUUCGGUUUAAGAUCACAAAGCAAAACUGAAAGAGCCAAGUUUUUGAUUGUAGCCGAUUUUGAAAGCUUGUUAGUGACUGAAGAUGAUGAUUCUUCACGUUUAAACCGUCAUGUCCCAUGCGGCUAUGCCUACAAGGUGGUGUGUACCAAUGAACAGUAUUCCAAACCCAUUCAAAUCUAUAUAGGUGAAAAUGCAGCAGAACAUUUCAUCAACAGCAUUUUGGAAGAAUAUGAUGCUAUCAUGAACCUGUUUGAUUCCAUCAAACCCAUGCAACUCACUGUGCAAGAUAAAAUUGACAUAGCUACUACAGAACAUUGUGGAUUGUGUGGAAAGCUCUUAGGAACAGAUAGAGUAUUGGAUCAUGACCACUUGUCGGGGAAGUUCCGUCAAGUCUUGCAUAACAAAUGUAAUCUUAACUUUCAACUAAGAAAAAAGGUGAUUGUGAUGUUUCACAAUCUAGAACAUUAUGAUGCUCAUCUUUUGUUAGAAGUGGCACAACAGUUUGGUGAUCGUGAGAUCACAGUGAUACCUCAUACCACUGAGCAAUUUCUGUCCUUCACGGUGGACCAUACAUUAGUCUUUUUGGAUUCAUACAAAUUUUUACAAAGUUCUUUGGAUGCACUGACACAAAAUCUGUUGAAAAAAGGUGCGGAUUCUUUUGUAUAUUUGAAAGAACAAUUUCCUCAGCAUGUAGAUCUGUUAACGCGAAAACUUCCAUUUCCCUAUGAACAUAUGGAUUCCUGGGAAACGUUAAAUGAGACAUGUUUGCCUUCAAAGGAAGCAUUCUACAGUUCAUUGACUGAGCAGGGUGUUAGUGAGGAUGACUAUGCAUUUGCCCAUCAAUUAUGGCAUACAUUUCAAUGUCAAUCCAUGAGCGACUUCAUGAGAUUGUAUGUGACCGUAGAUGUGUUGCUGUUAACCGAUGUUAUUGAAACCUUUAGAACUGGUUGUUUAGCUGACUAUGGACUUGACAUUUGUCACUACUAUUCCAUGCCUGGUUUCUGUUUGGAUGCUGCUAUGAAAAUCACUGGCGCUAAAUUGGAUCUGUUUACAGAUGUAGACACUUACAACUUCAUUGAACAUUCUAUUCGCGGUGGUGUGUCUGUCAUUGGUAAAAAGUAUGCAGAAAGCAACAAUGAACAUAUGGAUGAUUUUGAUCCAGAGAAAGACACGUCCACUCUACUCUACUUUGAUGUGAACUCAUUGUAUGCUACUGUCAUGUUACAGCCGCUACCUAUAGGAAAUUAUCAUUUCAUUGAACCUGCAGAGUUCAACACCAUAGACUGGACAAGCAUCGAGGUAGGGGGAGAGUAUGGGUACAUCUUAGAAGUGGAUUUGUUGUACCCCAGUCAUUUGCACCAAGCUCAUGCUGCUUUCCCUAUGGCUCCAACGCAUGAUGAUAUCCCAUUUGAGGAGUUAUCUCCUACACACAAACAGCUUCUGGCUCAUUUUAACAAUCGUCCCAUAGAUAAACUUCCAAAGAAAUCAUCUGGUAGAAAACUUUUUUGUACCUUGAAAGAUCGUUCACAUUAUGUGGUACAUUUUAAAACUUUGCAGUUGUAUUUGAAACAUGGUUUAGUGUUGAAUCGCAUACACAGAGUGCUGAAGUUUAGCCAGGGUCCAUGGUUAAAAUCCUAUGUGGAACUGAACUUGAGGAACCGCAAAAAUGCAAAGGAUGAUUGUGACAAAGACCGUUACAAAUUGAUGAACAACUGUGUGUUUGGUCGUUUCUGUAUGAAUAAACGCAAACACAAAACAGUGCGCUUGGUAACACACAGACCCAAACUUCAAAAACUGACCUCCAAAACCAAUUUCAAACAGGUUAAAAUUUAUUCAGAAGACGUGGUCGCCGUUGAAAUGGAAAAGACAAGUGUUCAUUUAGAUCAGCCCAUUGCUGUCGGUUUUAGCAUUUUGGAUUUGGCCAAAUAUGAAAUUUAUGACUUUUACUACAAUGUGAUGCAAAAGGAAUAUGGACAUGAACAUUUAGAUUUGCUCAUGACGGACACUGACAGUCUCUUUAUGCAAGUCCAUGCUCCUCCACAUAAACCCCUCCUGGACCUCUAUGUGUUUAUGAAACAGAAUCUCCAUUUAUUUGACACUUCCAAUUAUGCUCCCAAUGACCCAAAGGAUCUCUAUUCCGAUCAAAACAGGAAGGUGACAGGCAAGAUGAAGGAUGAAGCAGGUGGAAACAUCAUACUUGAAUUCUGUGGACUAAAAAGUAAAAUGUAUUCCUUCUUGAUGAAAACGGAUAAGGAACUUAUUGAGAAAAAGACAGCCAAAGGUAUUAAAAAAACAGUGAUCAAGAAAUUUCUCAGACAUAAGAUGUUUAAAGAGUGUCUUUUUGACAAAACAGCUGUGUCAUGUUCUUUUCAUCUCAUUCGCUCUUUCAAUAACGUCUUGUACACACAGAAACAAAACAAAGUGGCUCUGACCUCCAUAGACAACAAGCGUUAUGUACUAGAGGAUGGCAUUCAUAGUGUACCUUAUGGUUAUUCAUCAACUGAAUAGUUACAACAUCUGCACGAAAUAUGGAAUUUUACAAGUCCAAACAGGAUGAGCAAACCAGCCUACAUGUGUACAAGCUGCGAUGGCUUUCUACCUGUUGACGCAAAUGGUGAAGACCGAUCGGGUCUCUUUACCUGCGUCUACUGUGGUACCAAAUUAAAAUAUACGUAUCAUAGGUUCCUGAACCCUACUGGCAAAUGUGUGGUCAGGAAGGCAAAACUGAACACAGCUCAUGCCUGCACUUGUCGGAAGAUUCAUCAUAAUGACUACCAGAAGUCAAACUUGCUCUGGCUGAAUGUAUCCUAUGUUUCACUGCAAGAGCAAAACAUGAACACUAUGAGAGGCUACUUCAAGACUACAAAGUGAACACUAUGUGUGACUGCUUCAAGACUACAAAGUGAACACUAUGUGUGACUACUUCAAGACCACAAGGAGAACAAACGUAACAAUCACAAUUGUGCUCACAUUGUUUAUUGUCACAAACUAUACAUAGAGUGUGUGGUUUCAAUAAAACGAUUCUAGUGUUCCUGAUGACCUGAACCCAGGAACACCUUUGGCUGCUUUACGUUUAACAAAUAAAACAUUUCUAUGUA